AGCAGCUCAUCAGUUUUCUCUCUGGCAACAUGUGUACUGGAAAAUGUGCCCACUGCAUUGCUGUCACUCUGUACCCACUGGUGCUCCUGUCCAUCAUCUGUAACAUCAUUUUGUUCUUUCCUGGCUGGGACAUCAAGUAUGCCAAAGAAGGACAUAUCACCCAGGAGGUGAAAUACAUGGGGGGACUUGUCGGAGGGGGUUUGAUGGUGUUGAUCCCAGCACUUUACAUCAACUUGACUGGAGAACAUGGGUGUUGUGGGAAUCGCUUUGGGAUGUUCGUAUCAAUUGCAUUCGCUGCAGUGGGUGUCGCCGGUGCCGUGUACAGCUUUGCUGUGGCGGUGCUUGGAUUGGAUAAUGGGCCCCUCUGCAAAAUUGAUGGACAUUGGUCUACACCUUUUGAAACCAGUAAUUCGCCCGACUUGUUUGACAAAAACUCAUGGGGAAAUUGCACAGAGCCUGAGAAUGUGGUGCAGUUCAACAUCGGACUGUUCGGUACCCUCAUGGCAGCCAGCUGCCUGCAGGCGCUGCUUUGUGCCAGUCAGAUGCUCAACGGUUUCUUUGGCUGCCUGUUCGGAACCUGCGCCAAGAAAGAGGAGCCAUGAGUUCCUAGUCAGAAGGCCUCUUUUGCAACCAUGCCACAUGUGAGGAGCUGGCUGGCGCCCCCUGCUGGAGGCCAUGACAAGUGCGCCUUAGCCUCGUCUGCAUACUGUAACAUUCUCGCUGUGCAAUUGCUAUUGUCUCUUAUAACAGGUUUAAAACUCUUCUUGAAGUGUAUUUCACAGUGCUUCAUGCUGCAGUGUAUUAGGGAAUGUUAUGAAAGAGCAGUAUUAGAAAUAAUUCAUGGCAAUUACAAGUUUAUUUUA